CAGCCGUGCCGAGUGGCACAGUCCUCACACGACCUCAGUCCGCGAUAGAUUGUAAUCGCGCGCGCGCGCCCGCCAAGAGACUUCGAUUCGCGGCGCUCUCGAUCGAUUUCCCAUUCGAUUCUUCCUCCUCGCGAUCCACGCGUGUCAUUCGCGUGCGCGCGUCCGCGCUUCGCAAUUGGUGUGUCCACGUUUUCACAAAUCGAAAACACUUUUCGCUCAGCGCUCAAUCGCAGUUACGCUCAAGUGCACCGCGGUUACGUUGAGACCAACGAAAAAGGAAGAACAAAUAUCGGGAUUCGACGUUCCGCGUUUUAUUGAAAUAUCCGACUGGAUUUUACAGGGGAGGAUUAUUUAUUUGGAGCUCGUAAUCAAGAGAUGCUCUCGGAGUCGCGGUGCUGCUAGCUGUCCUGACCUUGUCUGAAUAAACAAAACGAUUGACCGGCACAAAAAUGCGAGGUACAAAGUUGUUUCUCGGCCUCGCCAGCAUCCUCCUCUUAUCGAUGAGACCCUGCAAUGGUCUGUGUACAUUGAAAAACGGAACGAUGGCUCGUUGCACCGAUCUCGAAGAUGGCAGAUACAUCGCUAUUUACGACCUCAAGAUUUUGAAAGCGUCCGUUAGCGAGAAAUACCUACGGCCUGACAUUUUUCACAAGUUCGUUGGCUUACGAAAUUUAGAUCUUUCUUCCGGUGACAUAGAGCAGAUCGAUUCUCAAGCUUUUCGCGAAUUGCUUGAUCUGCGGAGUCUCGAUCUUUCGUACAACAAUAUUACCGCCGUACCAUCCAAGCUCUUUGAUAAUUUGACGAAAUUACGUCUCCUGAAUCUUCAAAAUAACUCCCUCAUUGAGAUACCGGAUGCUGUGAUGAGUGCAAAGGGCCUCGAGAUACUCGAUGUUUCGAACAACAAGAUAAACGACAUACCAUCAAAAUUGUUCGAUAAUUUGACUAAACUACGACAUCUGAAUCUUCGAAGUAACGCAUUCGUCGAUAUCCCAACUGCUGUGACUAGCGCCAAGAGCCUCAAGUCUCUCGAUCUGUCGGGGAAUCCGUUGAAUUGUAACUGCGCAACUUUGAAAGAUCGCGACUUGCUGCUCGCUCGUAAAGUUUUUAUACCAAAGACAGUUCUGUGCGCGAAUCCGGCGAAUCUCAAGGGUCGACCGCUUCUGAAUAUCGAAGCUGAAGUUAUUUGCAUGUUCGAGGAACAGGACAGAGAGAUGCAGAUGGAUCAACCGGAGGGCUCGGGCGAGGCCAGCCAGCCGGUGGACCGUUCCGACAAUCCGAUAACCGAAGAAAUCGACGAAGAGAAAGAAGUUUCUCAGGAAGUACCAGCAGUGCAUUUAACGGCUGAAGAAAUCGAGACACCUGCUCCGGAGAGGGCCGACGAAACGGAAAAAUCGACAUCGUCAUCGGCGUUCAGUCCGAGCAGUUCUUCUUCGGGUUCCCCAGUGACGAACAGCCUUGAAGAAGCCGCAGCGACCAGUGACGAGUUGUUUUUCUCCGAGGACAAGGACAGACUCGCGUCAUCUUCGACAAUGGCGAGUACCACAGCCAGCGACGAGAUCGAUGAAAAGUCCGAGGAACCGGAGAAAAAAAUUGUUCCCCGAGUGGGCGAAGGUGAGAAGGGCGAGGCUCGUGCAGCGGAAGGUUCCGGGGAGGAAGAUGAAUUGCACGAAGGUUCCGGCAUCGAAGGAUCAGGAACGGGUGUUCCGCACAUUAUUUGGGACGUGCCCGACGACGAGGUACCCCAAGAAACGAGCAGCCCUGAGCCGGAGAAGACGACAGACACCGGAUUGCUGGAUAUGCUAUGGGGCGUUCUUUGGAGCACUCCAGCCGUCCCGGAGGAUGAAAAGAAGAAGGAUUUGAACCCGGAGGACGAGGAAUUCAUCAACGUGUCAUCGGAGGCGACGCCGCUCGUCACGGAAAAGGUCGCCGUCGACGAGAGGAUCAUUGUACCUGAGGUGGUGACAAAGAACGAGGGUGCGCCUCAGGCUGGUGCAGUCGAGGUGAACCACAUUGCCGACGAGUCAAAAUCAGGACGAGUCAAAGCGCAGGAUGAAACGGACGCUGAAGCAACGGAUGCCUCGGCGACGCGGCAGCCUAAGAAAGGAAUGGGUUCGUACGUUGUGCUGGCAGCUCUCCUGGCUGUUCUCGGGGUCCUCAUUGGGUUCGCCGCUUACAAAGGAGACUUUUGUCGAAAGAAGCGGAAACGGAGCGAUCCUGAGAGCGGGACCGAGCUCAAGGACAUGAGGAAGUCUCUUCUGGAUGCUGCAAACACGAACCAGCCGAAGAUAGCCUCAAACGGUAACUUGGAGAACGUGCCUCUGGUUUCGACCCCACCGCCGGACGAUUCGAAGCCUGCAAGGGAGGAGCGCAUCAGCGAUUCACCGGACGUUUCAAGAACGAGGUACUCCGGAAUGGCACCGGACGUCGUUGACCCGAUAAAACCACCGAGAAAAUCGUACGCACCGCAUGACGAGACCGAGGGAGCAAUGCCGAACGGCAAGAGUCAACAGGACUUGGCGAAAUUCUCGGUUCCCGUAGCGGAAGCGAACGAGCCAGUUUGCCUCAGGAAUAAGAGCGGAAACGAGCCUGUCAUCAACGGCAAUCGUCACGAUUCUGUCUCGUCGCUCGGCACUGAGUCGCGUGAUUCACCGUCGGUAAGAACGGGCCCUCGAAUCUCCUCGCCGACAAACGGUUCCUACGGGACUCAGCAGGCUCUCGCGAGGCCACCGUUGAGUCCAGGAGCUCAGAGGGUCAAGAUAACGCUCCAGGAAAAUCCGGACAGUGUUCCAAGAACGCCGAUACUAAUAACGCGAACGAAAACGGGCGAGAAUCUAGUCAAGACACCGUGAAUAAAUAAUCGAUCAGGCUUGUUUCCAAGCCUCGCUGUUGCUCUGUGAAACUAAAAAUAAAAUAUGCAUACCUAUAUAUAUUCGUAUAUAUCAAUAUAAAAUACGUAUGUAUUCGUAUGUGAACCGUUUUAUCGACGAACUUUGAGGAUCUAACGAUAUUCUUUGUACACGCAGUGAUCGCAGCAUAUUGAGCCUUCGACGUCCUUCAAACGGCUAUCCGCCAAGUGUUCAAUCCUCGAUCCUACAAUCCCAUCAUUCGUGCGGGCGUGUGCGUACGUUUGUGUGCGUGCGCGUGGGUGCAUGUCAACACGAAGUUCGCGGACGCGCCAGCACACAAUAUGUUCCUAGAUAUGGGAAUUGUUGGGACACUGCGACCAGCAACAAGUCGUACGAAAUCCUUUUUUUACGAUAGUAUGUGAAAACGUAGUCGGGAUGCAAACGAGUUCGAAUUCGGAGCAAGCCGACGAGCUACGACGAGGAAGAAAUUGUUCGAAAAGUACGAGAUUUUUCAAUCCCCUUCUGUCAAUUCCGCCACCUCCCUGUCCCCAGUGCGAACGAACUUUUGUCGAGCCUCAGUCCACACUUGUUUGUGGGAUUGAGGUAACUCAUUUUUUUAUAUUAUGUCAUUUUUAUAGUAUCUCGAUCCAGUAUCGUAAUUAACGUAAACGUAGUAAUGUUAUUUGUGUUAUGUACAUUAUGGAGGAAGCUGCUGUGCAACCGGGGCUUGUAAUGUUGAAGAAUUGUUGUUUUUUUUGCCAUCUAUGCAGUACCGUUCAGUAAUAGUAGAUUGUAAGUUACGGAAUGAUGAUUUUUUUCAUCUAAUUCAGAGAUUAUUCUUAUCGUCGUGGGAUAAGCCCCAUUUUCACGCAGCCAGCCUCCGUAACAGACCCUGCGAGCUAUUUUUCGCUCGUGGUUUAAUAUUUAUUAAAAAGAAACACGCGUACACUUGUAUAUAAAAUUAUAUUCAGUUGUGAUUGUGGGGAGACUUUUGGGCGAUCACGUGAGAUUGAAAUCGGUGCGUUGGGCAAAUAAAUAAAUCAACGUGGUCCAACGAAGUGUCAGAGUUUUUGAAAUUAUGAUGUUUACUGCUCUUCGAGACAUAUAGGACUACUCCGAGAUCCAUUUGACAGAGAACUCACGAAUUAAUAACCGUUUUCAGUGCUAUUCGAAGCAAUGAUAGUCUGUCUCACAAGUACAACUCGAUAUAAGUAUUCGCAUAAUGAAUCCUUCGCAACAAGUUUAGCAUUUAAUUAUAGUAGUUAGGCGCUCUCCUGUCGCUCGUCGCGAGCUGCAUUCGUAUUAGCCAACAUUCCCUGAUUCCAGUGCAGCUUUGCUGUACGACCGCUAACGAGCGAGUUAUUAUAUUAAACGCGAGUGAAAGAUUCGAAGAGAAGGAGAGUGUGAACGGGCCAGGGGGGAGAGGUUAGUGUAUUAGCGUUACAGCAGAUAAUUAUCAUCCGAGUCUAGAGGGAUCAAAGAUUGCGUGUAACGAGCGUAAAAGUGUGGAGCGAUUAUGUGUAUUUCACACGUUCGCUCAAGCCGAGAAUGAAUCAAUUGUUUUUCCGCACGUUGAAAAGCCCGGGGCAACGCCCUUGACUUUAAGGCGAUUCGGUAUCAUUUAUUAGCAUAAUUUUUAAUUACAUAAAUGAAGGCUUAUAUUUAUUAUAAAUUAACCAAAAUUUCAUCUAGGAACGUGUAAUUGUAGAAAAAAGAGAAAAAUAUAAUUGAAAAUAAAGAAAAUUUCAUAGCUGCGCAAUCUGCUGUAUACGCUGUUCGAUCUCUUAAUUAGAGGAUAAUCGAUAUUGAUGCGACGACGGUGUGAAUGAUCGUAGAAAUGUUUAAGAGUAGAAAGACUUUAUUUAUACUUUUAAUCGUUAAAUAAAUAAACUGUGAGAAAAUAAACGAUAA